AUGCUCCCGUUCCAUUUCUGGCGGACGGUGUUCACACUGCUUUCGUCGGUCAAGCAGCAGGAGGUGCUGCGUGUGGCUGCAGUUCAUCUACACCAAUUGAACGGAGUCAACCUGUCUACGGCCAUCCAUCGCCUGGCCCGGGCAUGUGAAAACUCCAAGGCAAAUGCGAGCCGGGUCAAGACAGAUCCCGUCUUCUUGCUGAUGAUCGAGGUGGCAGAGCUCAAAGCUCAGCAGGAGCUGCUUGGCCAGACGGACAGCAUGCCUGGCAACUGCUGCACCAUCAUCACCUGGUCCUGCGCUAUCCUCCGGUUCUUCCGACCCAAGCUUUUCACAGCUCUGGCUAGGGACUGCCAAUGCUACGAAGUCACUAACCUAUUGUGGAGCUUCGCGGAGCUUUGCAAGCGACAGCCGCAGAUGGCGGCUGAGCUCGAAGCAAACAUACAGGAGCUUGUGGAGGCCACUGCAAGCUACUUUCUCCGCCGAAGCCCACAGGGGUGGAAGAUCCAAGUGCUGGUCUCGGCAUUGGUGUCAUUGACCUGCAUGCCGUGCAAGGACUUUUGCACAAAGUGGUUCAUCGUCAGCAUCGUGCAGGAACUCGCGGAGCGCAGCGACGAGGCACAGGGUGCCAACCUGUUGCCCGUGGUGACUGCAUUUGACACCCUCCGCACCAAGCACGUGAAGGUCUUCCGCGAGAUUUCAGGUGCAAUGACUGCGAAAUAUCCCAAUUUUGUUGCUCGCUACAUGUACGGUGGUGAUCGCCAAAAGGGGAAGGCACACAUAAGGCCCAAGUCAUCAAAACGAGUCGAAGGCUCGUAA